UACGCAUGGAAGCCCAGGUCUGAAUGACGUUUGGUAAUUAUGGCAACAAAUGACGAUAAGUAUACGGGCUCCAACCGCGUGGUUCGCACUGAAAGCGUUAAGAGCGACAAUGGCGACAACGGUAGGACUCACUUCCAAAGGUCUAUGGAUGUUGUCUUGGCCAUAUCCAAUUUGACGUUUGAAUGGAACCGUAAACUCUUCAUGGGUUCAUUUGUAUCUACUGGGCACAAGAAGCAAUACUGGAAGGAUUCCCACCAUGAUAUGGCUCAGUUGAUAGUUGAGAAAAUCAGGAACUUGAAGGGAUGCUGGGUGAAGGUAGGCCAGAUUCUCAGCACUAAACCGGGUUUGCUACCCAAGUGUUAUGUGGAUGCCUUUUCGCAACUGCAUGAUCAAGUUGGUCACAGUGACUUUGCUGAAGUUAUUGACAUCAUUGAGGAAGAGAUUGGUUAUAUGGAUGAAGUUUUUAACAACUUCGAUUCUAUUCCUUUGGCCAGUGCUUCUAUAGCACAGGUACACAAAGCGAAACUACAUGAUGGCAACCCUGUGGCUAUAAAGGUGCAGCACAAGUGUAGUGAGCGGAACAUGCGAAACGACUUGGAGAUAUUGAAGAUGAUAUUAUUUGUUGCUCAGAGUGUUGGUCACUAUAAGCGUAUGUUUGCAUCUAUUGACGAUUACACCGCAGCUGCUAUGAAGGAGGUUGAUUUCACCUCUGAAGCUGAUAAUUGUAAACGUGCUGCUAUAGAUGCUAAAGUAUCGGGGAUACCCAUUUGCAUCCCUAAGAUAUUUGACCGUUACUGUUCUCGGCGUGUUGUCACUAUGGAGUUGUUUGAGCUUUACAAGAUGACAGAUGCGUCAUUUUACGAGAAACACAAUAUAGAUCCAUGGGUUGUGGUGUAUGAUAUUCAUGACUUUGCCAUUUUUCAGAUUCUAUCUGUUGGUCACUUCCACGGCGACCCUCACCCUGGUAAUUUAUUACUGACCCAGAACAAUGACGAUGGCAAGUUUUAUCCCGUGUUGAUUGAUUGGGGUAUGACACAAUCUUUGACGACAAAGCAACGUGUAGGCUUGUGUAAUUUGAAUUUAGCACUUUGCAUGGCUGACACUAUUGGCUGUUUCACUGGUUUUGUCGAGGCAGGUUUUGACAUGACUACUCACGAAACAUUGUGUUACGAGCAGUUUUUGGAGUCAUUGGUUAAUAUUUUUGCAUCUGAUUUUAACAAGGUUAUGGACUUUUGUGAUGAAGAGGGUUCUAUGAAAUCGAUGAACGAUACCUCUGCUCCUGGUGAGUUGCAUCACAACGGCCUUUUUAUUCGUGAGUUUAUUACCAACGCUCCAAACUUCUUCCCCAUCUUACUUAAGGUUAUUUCUGAAUAUCGUAAUUACGCCAUUGUGCUUCAAACUCAGGUUCCUUUUAUGCAGAUUCUAUACAAGAAUGCUGGCAAUGCACUGUACAACAUGUAUAGCAGCCCUCUAUCGCAUAUAUUGUCUUCUGAAGCUUCCAAAGCUGUUUUCAUGAGGAAGAUACGUCGUCUCAAGCAACUGUUAGCCAACGAUUGUGUGGAUGUGACUGAGACCCAACUUUUGAAGCACCUAUUCUCCCGUUUUAAUGGAGGAGAAAAGCACAAUUCAAAGCUUACGGGUACGGCUGCAUUUCGCAAACCAGUUAGCGUUCUUGAGUCUCGAAUUUCGGGGUUAUUACAUUAUAUCGCAAAAGACAGCAGUUUAAUAGUUGCUGCCCAAGUUGUUGUCAUUCAGGGCAACAAUGUUGAUGUUGAUUUAUCUUACGGUUUCAUGGGUCAAUACGAAUGUAGACCUAUAAACUCCACGGCUUUAUUCCAGAUUAGCAACCUAAUGAACGGCCUCGUUGCAACAGCGGUGUUGCAUUUGAUAGGGAACUCUGAUAUGGAUAUUGAUGACCCUAUUGCUAAAUAUUGGCCUGAAUUUGGUCAAAACGGCAAGAAAUCUAUAACCAUUAGGUCAGUAUUAAACCAUUCAUCUGGUUUGCUGCUACCAUAUCCUAGGAUAUUGAUGAUUGAGAACAUUGACUAUGACACUAUGGUACGGGACAUUGCUCAAUGUGAGUUCCAUAAAGAGGUUAUGGACCAAACGCAGUAUGGUUACUUAUACUUUGGUUGGAUCAUGGCUGAGUUGAUUCGUCGUGUUAGUGGUAAAUCUAUUGAGGAGUACAUUCUUAUGAUGGCUGCAUCAAUUAAAGUUCCCAUGAAGCAGCUGAUUUUCCCAUGCAUAGAUGGUGGUGUUGCCGCCUAUAUGCAACACAGUAACGACGAGAACGCAAACCCCGAUGACGCCGUUCCGGAUGCAGCUAAUCAGACCAUUAAUGCAACGCAUGACUCUGGCGAUCCCGUUCCAAGAGUUGAGGCUACCAGUUCUGCCCAUGCUUCAACGGAUACUUCAUAUGAUUUGCCUAGAAGAUCCAAUUCAUUUGUCCCAACAGGUGGUCCGCCAGCACGAAACACUGAGGGCUCAAGGUCACUGGACAGUGAAGGCGUAAUUCUGGAUAUUACUUUUGACAGGCCACAAUGUAACGGUGACUUUGGCGCACUGGGAUUAAGCAAUAACAUAUCCCUAAACAACGGUGGAUUUAAUGAACACUACAGUGAUCAACGGUUAAGCUUGGAGUCGGCUCUAACAUACGAAUCGCAUAUUAAGGCUAAGGCAAAAUCUCUUGUGAUGGCAACCAAUGCUGACGACUCAUCGCUGUCUAUGGAAACAAUGACUAUUGACGGUCGAACGAUUGAAUCUAAACGCGUGUUGCUGCCGGCGGCGCAGCCGGAAGAGUUGACAUCAUGUGAGCGCACGGAGACUGUGAGCACUUGUAGUUUGGAGCAGCCGGAUACUGAUUGUACACUGGCAGAGCCAGAUACAUCUGCGUUAGAUGUUACUGACCUUUUGAUCUCACAGGAGGAGUUUGAGGCCCUUCCUGAUACGCCAACUACCAUGCCAUCUCCUAGCAUUAACAUAUCCAAAGCUAAACGGAUGCCCUCUGAGCUUCAGCGAGGCUUUGUUAAGCGCUUCUUAGCUAGUUUUGAAAAUGUUGUGGACAAGGAGACACAUGACGAUUCAACUGAUAUUUGCCUUUGUGGUAUAAACUCUGAAGAUGAUGAGCAAUUUUACAAUCGUUGCUUUUCUCCAUCUGAAAGGUGCCCUCUUGCUACACGCCUAGUUCGUGCUUCCAGACUUCCUUAUACUGACCUCGAUGAUAUUGACUUUACACAGGCCGAGAAGAUAUUAAACCCUAUUCGCGACAUUGGCACUAAGAAGCGUUAUCACCCUAUUUUGGUAUCUGAGGAGCAUGUGAUUAGUAAUGACGAUGAGUUGGCUGACCUUGAUUUGGUUAGUGAUGACAUUGUGGUAACUCGUACUAGGCUCCGGAAAUUCAUAAUGAAGCGUCCCGUGCGUGAUGCUGAUUACCAUUACUGCAACUACGACGUCAUAAAUCACCGAUGUAUUAUCACUGACUGUUUGACUAUGGACUACCCAUCUAUGUACAGUAAAUCUAUCCCGUGUUUGAACGGUCGUGCUAGUGCCAUGGCAUUGGCCAUGUUUUAUAAGGGUAUAUUGGACAACUCUUUGGUGAGUCGUGAGCUCGUUGCUGAGGCUUUAUCUACAGUAUCUUUGGACUGUUCUGUGCUCACUAAGAUGCUUACUGCCCUCUACACUCCCGUUUGGGGUUUGGGUUACCAGCUUUUCUAUAUGCGUCGCAGGUGUGACGAUAAGGCACUUGUUGGUCUGGGUUGCGUUGACAUUUCCGGAUCUCUGAACUUGGUGGUGCCUGACAUAGAGCUGGUUGUCACUAUUUUAUUUUCUUGUGGUGACAGCAUUGCUGUAUCUCAUCAGGUACUGGAUAUGAUCCUGGGUCACUAUGGCCUGGAUCUGCUUUAUACCAAUGUUAGUGUCGGUGACUCACGUACUUUAUACAGACUGUUGGCUACAAUUAAAGUUUAGAUUACUUCAGUCGCUUGCGGUCGACGGGUUUGAGUAUUUGGAAGGAGCACAUGAGUGUU